GGGAAAAGUUGCGGGAAGUCCUCUGAGACUGCAAAGUAAGUGUAGGACAAGCGAAGCACAGGGUACAUGGUGGCCCUUUAUGGACAGCAGCAGGUCUUGGAACACCAAUGAGAUAUGGUCCACCUACCUGCCUUGCAGCAUCUGAUGGUGGGAUGCCCAUAGGCAACUGCGAAAAGAGCUUCAGUAGCUUGAAACUGGAUAUUGUCAGCAUUUUAUUGACAGACUGCUUGCUUGGCUGGAUUUCGGCUUUGUUCUUAAAUUCUGCGCAAGAUAAAUCCUCAGGAUAAUAUGCUGCACAUGGGAGAAUGUAAAUGGAGUCAAAUGUUUCCUUUUAUCAUGGCGUCACUUGUUUAUUCUGCUAAUGCCGAAUAUUCCAACUGCGGCGAAAAUGAGUACUACAACCAGACCACCGGAAUGUGCCAUGAUUGUCCGCAAUGUGAGCCAGGAGAAGAACCUUAUAUGACGUGUGGAUACGGCACCAGAGACGAUAGUUACGGCUGCGUUCCUUGUCCAUUGGAGAAGUUUUCUAAAGGCGGAUACCAGAUAUGUAGAAGGCACAAAGACUGCGAGGGAUUCUUUCGGGCAACAGUUAUGACACCUGGAGAUCAAGAGAAUGAUGCAGAAUGUGGGCCUUGCCUCCCUGGUUACUACAUGCUAGAAAACAGGCCACGGAAUAUCUAUGGGAUGGUUUGCUACUCAUGCUCCCUGGCACCCCCCAACACGAAAGAGUGUGCAGGCGUUACCUCUGGUGCGUCAGCCAGUUUUCCAAUUACUUCUGAAACAAGUACUCAUUCUCCUUUCCAGCAUGUGCACAAAGGCGACCUUUCCAGUCAAGGGCACCUUGCAACUGCUCUUAUCAUUGCUAUGUCAACUAUUUUCAUAAUGGCAAUCGCUAUUGUCCUGAUCAUCAUGUUCUACAUUGUGAAAACCAAAACUUCGGCUCAAGCUUGCUGCACUAGCCAUUCUGUGAAGACCGUAGAAGCCCAGGCCAAUAUGCAGGGAGAGAAAAAAGAAGUACAAGAAAAUGUGGUGAUUUUCUCAGAGAAAGACGAGUUUGGAAAAUUAACUGCAACUCCAGCGAAGGUUGUCAAGAGUGAAAAUGAUGCUUCUUCAGAGAAUGAGAGGCUUUUAAGUCGUAGUAUGGACAGCGACGAAGAAGCUGCGAUUGACAAGCAAGGGACGCCGGAACUGUGCUUGUUGUCUCUCGUCCAUUUGGCCAGAGAUAAAUCUUCCACAAACAACAAAUCCACUGGCAUACAAAGCCGGCGGAAAAAGAUACUUGAUCUGUAUGCCAACGUAUGCAGCGUUGCAGAAGGCCUCAGUCCCACGGAGCUCCCGUUCGAUUGUCUGGAGAAGACCAGCCGGAUGCUCAGCUCCACGUACAACACCGAGAAAGCCAUUGUGAAGACCUGGCGCCACCUCGCCGAGAGCUUUGGACUGAAGCGUGACGAAAUAGGGGGCAUGACAGACGGCAUGCAGCUCUUCGACCGCAUCAGCACAGCAGGCUACAGUAUUCCAGAACUGCUAACAAAACUAGUGCAGAUUGAGCGGCUAGAUGCCGUGGAGUCUCUCUGCGCGGAUAUCUUGGAAUGGGCUCAAGUGAUACCUAAACCUGAUCCAGUGGUGGCCUCGUGACAUGUGUCUCAGUUGCCUUCAUUUCAAGAGGAUAUGGAUUCCAAGAGCAAUGGGACUCACUAUGGAAUGGAAUCUGAAAAGCAUGGAUGGCCUUCAGAUUUCAGUAGCAUUUUCUGUUGUUGCAAGUAUAAAUCGAGCCAAGGAUUUUUACUGGUUCAUCAUAAAAGAAAUGAAAGAAGCUUCACUGGCUGAAGACUUCUUGAAUGAGACUGACUUGGCCUGUUAAGAAGAUAUUGUUGUUCACUUCAGACUCCUUUUACAAGCAUAGAUACAGAUCGGCCUGGCAGUAUCAUUGCAGGCUCUGAAGAAAUCUGAUGUAAUCACUAUGGUUUAAUUUUGUCUCAGUCCUCAGCAAUUAGUAACGACUAUCAGAUAUAGUGUUGCCUGAUACAGAUAAUGUGAAUGUCAGUUCUACUACAUCUAGCAUUUAACCAAAUGUCAGUUUCCUCUCAAAUAACAUUAAGGAUUAACCAUUUUUUAAAAAAUCAUGUGAGGUUUUGACGACAUAGAUUAGUUGGAUGUGUGUUGAAAUUAGACCAAGUAGACCACAAGAGUCCAGUUUAUUCAAAAUUUCAGCGUAUGCUACAGUCUUGGCAUAUGUGAUCCACACAGACAUUUCAGAAAUAUUGUCACAUAUACUAAUGGAAAUAUAUGUCAAUUAUAAAAUUAGCAGAAUUUAUUUAUGAAUAUGCUCAUACACAUACAUUAAGUACAAAAAUUAUUUUGACCAUCUUUUAUGCUGCAGAAGGGGAAAAAAAAAUAGACCUAAGCAUAGAAGUAUGUGGUGACAUUUAUUCUAUCUUCAACUAGAUCACAACCGAGGUAGGAAAUAAUAACGCCUCAGUCAAUAUUGCUCAUUUAUUUGUUCAAAUCAUCUUUAGAUUUAAUGAAAUUCUUUACCAUUGCAACCCUUUCAGAGAGGGUAUUUUGAAAUGCUACUUCUGUGUUGGCUACAACUGUUAUGAUUUCAAGGCACUGACUAAUCAGAUCAAUAUUGAUCGGCAGGUUUCUCUGAAAGACCACAGUCUGGUUCAUUUUCAUGUUUUGUCAUUACAAGAAUGAGUCUGUGUGAGCCUCGUUGCUCCUGCUCCCCCUCCCCUGCCCCAAGGCAUGAAGAGACCAAAAUCUCUUGCUUUUGAGCUAACCACAGUUCAUUGUUCUGCCUGAACUCUGGGACCUAUCGUUCAUUCUAAUCUCGAUGAAUACAAACCAGAAUAUCAGACUGUGGUUUGGUGCUGGUUUGAUUUAAUGACCUCAAAUUCAGAUAGAUGUAGCAAAGAACUCUAAAAAUAGGUGAUUUAUCUCUUUCUGCAACUGGAGAGAGGAGAAGAAGAUGGAAUAGGGAGCACAUGAUAAGCCACUGUCACUGAAGUGGGUCAACGUGUUCGCUGUUACCAGAAUUUCCCAGUAUGUGUCCAUGUGCAGGGGAAUUUUGGACAUGUAUUUGAGUUUGCCCUCAGUUCAUAUGGGGCAAUGGCGAGAUCCAACAGUGUGACCAGUGCUCAACAUGAACUAAAAGCAUUGGAGAAUGUACUUCAGAAUCCUUUGGGAUUCUACUGCAGAUGUCCGAAGCUUCUCAGAAGGGGUCAGUGUGAACCGUAUUAAGGUGAUAAUUAAAUAACUACUUACAAAAGUUAGCGUGAGGUGUGGUCUCACCAUUGUAAUUACCCCAUUCAAUUUAAUAUAUGUUUAAAAUAAGCAAUAUUUUUUUUUCUCAUUUGAAAAGUAGAAAAGAAACAACACAUUUCUAAAGAUCAAUACAUUUUUUUAAAAAAAUGGCUUUAUGCAAUGAUCACAAGAACUACCUAAUGUUGCUGGCAGACUGUCCAUGAGCAGGUAGUUAGGCCUAGGGCACAGAUGAGGGCUAUCUCCUCUCAAGGAAAUCCGUAUUUUUCUUGGCAUGGGGGGUCCUCGUGAACUCAUAAUUACAGAGUCCAGGGGCCAGGGGCAGUUUAAUUAGCAAGUUUAUUAAUUUACCGUUCAGUUCUCCACAAAGUGCUGUGCUGGCAGAUUUCAGUAAGUUAUUAUUAUUAAAAGAAACA